AUGCCGCACAUCGGGGUCCCGACGCCCGCCGGCGUUCCCGUGGACUCGCCCGUUCUCGGGUCACCACGGUCGCCGGAUCCUGCGUCACCAAGACCCUCGUCGUCCGCCAGGCAAGUCCUGGUACCAUACGACUUUGGGCCCUCGUCGUCGUCCGAUGGCGCGUCUCCCGCUUCGCGCGGCUCGUCGCCGGCUUCGCCCGUUGGCGACGCCGCGUUUCUUCUGCACGACGACGACGACACUAUCUCCUACGACGUCUCGGUGUCCUCACCGCCGCUCGAUGCCGGGUUGUCCCCGGUCGUUCUGCCCGGGUCCCCGGUGUCUCCAGCCUCCUCCCUGUCGCCACCCGCGUCCGUGGACGAGGCAGCGGCGGAUCCCGACGACGUACAGGAGCAGCCCGAGUCCGACCCCGCGACCCUCCGGAUGCCACCGGACCACACGCGCCUCCUCGAGGACCAGGCACGCCUGCUCCGCUCCUUGCUGCGGGACCCGCCCACCGACGAGUCAUGGGCCCAAUGCGAGGAAGCAUGGACGCGGGCCGUCGCCUUGGCUGUCGAGGCGGUGCGUCUCCCACCGGUGCGUCCUGGUCGCCAACGCCGCCAGCCCGACCCAACGAACGCGGUCGACAUACAGCGGCUGUACCGCCGCAACCGUCGACGCGCGGUUCGGCUGAUCCUGGAGGGACCACCCCAGACGUGCGCCAUCCCGCUUCAGGAUCUGCAGGACCAUUGGGGACGCACGUGGUCGGCCCGCCAGGCCGACUCUACCCUUCUUCUGGGAAGAGAACCGGCCCCGGCGGGAGUAGAUACGACCAACUUUUCACCGGACGAGGUGUUCGGGCGUUUGCGCAAGUCCGAGAGCACGGCCCCCGGAGCAGACCGUCUUACCUACCACCACUGGCGAACGGUCGACCCGGAGGCACGGUUCCUGGCGGCGCUCUUCAACGCCUGUCUACACCACAGACGCACGCCAGACUCUUGGAGGACAACUCGAACCGUCCUCAUUUUCAAGAGAGGAGACCCCCAGGUCCCGUCCAACUGGCGGCCCAUAGCCCUUGGCUGCACGGCUGCGAAGCUUUAUGCUAAGUGCCUUGCAGCCCGGCUCCAGGCCUGGAUGAUCGAGCACGCCGUGCUGUCGAAGUGCCAGAAGGGCUUCCUUCCGCACGACGGCGUGUUCGAGCUUAACUACAUCUUACAACGCAGGCUCGACAUCGCCCGGUCGGGAGGCCCCGACCUGUGUGCGGCGCUGUUGGACUUCAACAAUGCGUUUGGAUCCGUCCCGCACCAGGCUUUGCUCGACGCCCUGACCGGUGCUGGCGCCGGCCCCGUGUUUACGGAGGUAAUCGGCGACCUUUACAGGGACAACACCACCUGCAUCCUGGCGGCCGAGGGAACAACCGAGCCGAUCCCGAUCCUGGCAGGGCUGCGUCAGGGUUGCCCACUAAGUGGAAUUUUAUUUAACUUGGUGAUUGACCCGGUCAUCCGCGCAGUGCAGGGUGAUGGUUCCGACCACAAGAUCCUUGCCUAUGCGGACGACCUGACUCCCCUGGCCUCGACUCCGCGCAGACUACAACAGCGCAUCAACCGGAUCGAGACCCUCGCCGCAUCCCUGGGCCUGUCCUUGAACCCGUCGAAGUGCGCGUCAUUCCACAUGGUCGGAUCGACACCUGUGGGGAUGCGCCAGACGGAGUUCAGAGUCUCGGGCGUUCCCAUCUCGGUGCUGCGCGACUUCGAGCCGCAGCGGUACCUGGGACGUCCCAUCGGUUUCAGGAUUCCCUCCGGCUCCAGUUCCGCCGUCGAGUCCGCCAUCGCCCAAGCCCGGGCGAUCAUGUCAUCGAUGUUGGCGCCGUGGCAGCGUCUGGAUGCCCUCCGGACCUUUGUCUACCCGGCGCUCAACUUUCCGAUGAGGUGCGGGGUCCUUUCGACGACGGACUGGCGCCGACUGGACGAUGCCAUUCGGCCGCUGGUAAAGCGCACGCUUUACCUACCAACCAACGCGGCCACCAACUACAUCUACGGUUCCGCCCCUGGUGGUGCUGUCGGGAUCCCGGUCGCGGCAGAGCUCAGCCAACUCUGCCGCAUCGACUCGGCCUACAAGCUCCUGACGUCCCCCGACACCGAGCUGCGGCAGAUGGCCUUGGACGACGCCUAUGCAACCGCCACUGCCCGCCUCGGUUGGGAGGUCACCCGCUUCGAGCUGGAGUCCUACCUCGGGGGAUCGCUUGAGGACGGGUUCCGGGUCCCAGCCAACCAGUUGCGGUCCGUAUGGACGAAUGCCCGUAAGGCGUCCCGCCACUACAACGUCGCCUGGACCCUGGAUCCUGGCGGCGUUCGGCUCACCUGUGGCGACGCGACGAUAACUCCGCAGCACCGAUGCCGCGUCAUGCGGACGCUGCGUGAGAUACUGGCCAGACAACGGGACCGCGCCCUGCACGACCUCCCCAACCAAGGGAAGGUGCUGGCCUGCGUGGCGGCUGAUCGCGCCAGUUCCCACUUCAUGCGGACGGGCGCCUUCACCACCUUCGCGGACUGGCGGUUCGUGCACAGGGCCCGACUGAACCUGCUCCCACUCAACGGCGCUCGCAUGUGGGGCGCGCCGGACAGGGACCAGCGGUGCCGCGUCUGCGGGUACCUGAGGGAGACGCUGCCGCAUGUGGUGUGCCACUGCAUGCCUCGCAGUGCACUCUACCGGGCCCGCCACGACGCCAUCGUCAACCGUGUCCGGACCGCCGCCUCCCGCGAGUUCACGGUGGCCUUCGAAAACCAGGCCGUCGGAGACACGGGCCUGCGUCCGGAUCUCGUCCUGGUGCGUGGCGAAGAGGCUAUUGUCAUCGACGUCACGUGCCCGUUCGAGAAUACGCCGGAUGCAUUCGAGAACGCCCGUAACGCCAAGCUGGCUCAUUACGAGCCGGUGGUGGCGUUUCUCCGUCGCCGGUACCAGCGGGUCACCGUCGACGCCGUCAUCGUGGGAGCCCUCGGCGCUUGGGACUCAAGGAACGACCGUGUGCUUCGGCGCAUAUGUUCGCGUCCCUACCUGCGCCUAUUCAAGAAACUAUGCGCAGCGGAGCUGAGCGACAUCUGCCGGGUGGACGGCGCCUUCAAGCUCCUGACGUCGACGAACACGGUGGUCCGGGAGUGGGCAAGAGAAGCGCUCCACCACGUUGUCUCCAGGCGGCUCCGACGCGACGCGUACGACAAGGGCAUCGUGGCUAACCUCUCGUGCGACACGGAAGGCGACUUCAGACAGACCCCCACUCAACUUCAGUCUGCCUGA